AGCCAGCGAUUCUACUCAUUGAACGAAUCAUGGAUUGGACCACCAUGGUGUCAGAGUAACGCGUGAAAUACGUUAAAAAUGUUACAUACGCAUAACUUUUAAACCAUUAGAUUCUUAAAAUUAAGACUUGUGUUUUUGGAUUUUACGCGCCAAAGACAUUAAAUGACAAACAAAAAAGGCAAUAAUUUCAUGUUUGAUAAAUUAAAGUUCAUCAUAUUUUUAUACGUUUUCAUAUGUGGUGGUGUUUUUAUGUUACCCUAGUAUGGUAUCACUGCUCCAUGUGUGUGAUUUACCGAAUUUUGUGAUUUAAAUUCAACCACUUGUUGUAAAUAUAAAUUUAAUAUAUUAAUCAUGCUUCAUUAAAAUAUGAAUCUUUGAUAUACAUGUAUGCAUGCAGAGUACAUUCGAUAAAAGCAUUUCUAUUUUUCUUUAGAAUGAAGCCUCCAAACGAAUUUAUUUUCUUAUUGAUUCAUAUCUUUGCAAUCAUCUUAAUUGUACAUUGUGAAGAUGAAAACUACUUUGAAAAUAUAGAGAACUCAGAAGAACUAAUAGAUCCAUAUUCAUUUUUUUAUGAUAAGCACAGUAAAACAAUGGAUAAAGAAAUAAACAUGGACAUUAGAAAAGAUAUGGUACAAGAAAGCACCAAAGUUGAAAACGAGUUGGAACCUCUUGAACAUGAAAAUAAUUAUAGUAGCCACGAGGCGAUCUUUUAUAAGCGUCUUAUUAAUCUAUUAUUAUCAAAUAUUCGCAUAGAGAAUGAGAAUGAAGUAUCAAUAACAGGAAUAUUAGAGAUUGAGGUAUCCCAUUCUCAAAUGGAAAUACUUAGAAAUUUUCAAAUUCAUAAAACAUCUUUAAGAGAAAUUGAUGAAAUUCUGAGUAAUAUAAUACAGGAACCUCGAUAUAAUUAUAUGUUUGAAGCUGUACAUAUAUUUGAUGUAUUGCACAAAGGUUUUGGCACAAUACUUAAAACAGUACAAGAAUAUCCAGAUGGAGCUAUAAUCUUAUUUACAAUGAUAAUGGCUUGUUUGACAUUUAAAAUGAUGAGACGUAGCCAAAGAUUUCCUAUUUUGUGUAUUAUACAAAUUAUAUUCAUAUUGAGCUUUUUUAUGACUUGGUGGCAGCUUAUAAAGGAAGCCGAAAUUAAGUCUGUUGCUGCACAAAUGAAAUUUUCAGACAUACCAAUUUCGUGUCAACCCGAUAAGAUGAAUUUGUGGCACAAGUUUAUUUCAUUCUUUUCUAAGGAUGAUUGUGAGCAAUAUUAUGAAACAAUAAUGUCUAAUCCAAAACUAAAAAUUACACCUGCAUUUGCAUUAUCACAUUUUAUUACUACCGUUGUUCUUCAUCCAGUUACGCACAUAGGAACUGUUAUAUCUGGCUUUAUAAAUAAUGCUACAGAUAAUCUACCUUGGACAUAUGGAUGGAUAAUAAAAUGUAUGCUGUACAUAUGUAUAGGUUUUGUUAUAAUAAUGAUACCAUUCUUUCUGUCUGGAGCAUCAUUUAAUUUAGGCUUAGGACCAUUAUUAAGAUUUGGAAUUAGCCAUGAGAGAAAAUAUGGAAAAGGUAACUCAUGGUACCGACGUACCGCAAAUAGAAGAUGUUCCGAAAGUCAAGCAAUCGAACGCCUUACCAGCUUUAAAAGAUUAUUGCGCAGAAGAAACUAUUGUGACAGAUAGCGAUAUUCGGGAAAAUUUCGAUGAUUUAUGUCGCGGUGAUACGAUACAGAACAGUAAAUUAUCGAAUAAUCAUAAUGAAGAAAAAUUGGAUGCAAUAAUAGGAGAAAAUAAGGAUGGUAGAGGGGAUGGUUAAUAAUUUAUUGAUUACUUGUUUCGUGAUAUAUAUAUAAACUGUUAAUUUCUAAUGUACUCAAUCAAGUAAAUAUUUCAUUACAUAAAACUUAAUGUUACUUAUUGUUAAUACUUAGAUUAAUAAUUAACGAAUCCAAAAUGUCAAUUUUAUAACUGUAUUUGACAGCUUGUGACCUAUAAAGUAUUGUUUCAGUAUUGUUUAUAUUUAUUUUGUUUGUAGUUGGAUUGUGAUUAUAUCAUAUUGUAUAAGGAAGACGAUAUUUAAUAUUUUUACAAUAUGCUGUAACAAUGUCCAUAUUAUGUGAUUCCAGUGCUUUAAUAUUUCCAAUAUUUAAAUACACGUACUUUUAUAAACA